AGAUGUUGCCAUGGAUGAAAAGAAAUGGAUCCGAAUAAGGCUCAAAAUCAAGAAUCACAAUCAGCACGGAAUCUGUUCUCUACGUCUUCAGGACCGCAUCAUCAUCGGAUUGACGGAAAUUAAAGCAAACGGGAGCUGCAAGUUUCAGAUAACUGACGGGAAACUGAACUGGGCACAUAGUCGGAUUCAGAGAAAGGAAAUCUGACGCGUCCUCCAUCGCCUAGUGCAGCGUCUUUAAAUAUCAGCACAGAACACCUUCCAAUCCCGCAGACAAACCUCUCCCAAAUCCCUCGCCCGUCCUCGAUCGACAGCACCCUUUCCUAGCUGCAGUAGAACCCUAGCAGCAGAUCGGGCAGCCGCCGGCCGGGAUGGAGGGGCUCGACGUCGACGACGUCUUCCACCACUACCGGCUGAGCCCCACGGAUGUGGACGCCGUCACCUACUACCUACCACGCCUCCUCUCCGGCGAGACGCUGCAUGCCGUCGACAAGCUCAUCCACCGCGUCAACAUCUCGGGCUGCGAGCCCAAGGAUCUGGCCGCCCGAUACGCGCCCGUGCCGCAGGCCGUGAGCAGCGGCGACCGGUUCUUCUUCACCACUUGCAAGAGCAAGAACGGGAGCAAGCUCCAGAGCGUGCGCGGCGCCGGCGGCGGCACAUGGACCAUCCAGAAGACCACGGAGAUUUUCCACGCGGGAGUCAAGGUCGGCGAGGUCAAGAACCUCUCCUUCAAGAAGAAGGGCAAGUCCACCGGCUGGGUCAUGGAGGAAUACCGAUGCCUGCUGCCGGAGGCCACCGUCUCCGACGGGGUGAAGGUGUUCUGCAGAAUGCACUUGGCUCAGCAUGCCCCUGACGCGGCCCGCCAGGAAUCGGCCGCGUACAAUCGUCAACAAGAGCAACCAGAGGCCGUGACCCCGAGCACGCACGCGCAGAAGAGGCCAGCGCCGGCUGCCGCCGCCGAUCCUCAUCCGCCGCGCCCCAAGAAGAGGAUGCGCGGUGCCGUCCCCGUCCCGGCACCUGCCACACCGUCGUUCUUGAUGUAUGAUGAGGCAGCCAGAGCAAUGCAUGGCCCGCUGGCUCACACCAACUUCCCUGUUCAGUAUGCCCAAGCAUCAUGCGAGUCCACUACAACAUCCAGCCGCUCCGACGUUGCUCAAGCUCCUGAGAUUUCCUCCCAGUCAGAUGUGCUUGAGUCCACCCAAUCACUUGUGCUGGAGUCUGUCAAGCAUUACAGCCAACAACAGAUUGUUCCUGAGGCUGGCUCAAGCAUUGCAAGGAGCUCAUCUGAAGAGGGUGUCUUUGAGCCAUUGGAGCCUAUUUCCAAUUUGCCGGAUGGGAAGGCAGAUGGUUUUGAUAUCGAAGAACUAAUGAGAAUGAUGGAAGACGACCCAAUUGAAGUUGAGCCGGCCACUGGAGCCAACACUGGCGUGGAGAUGGGCCAACAGGAACCUCUGUACCUGGAUGCCUUGGACCAAGGUGUGCUGGAGGACAUGCUGCAGUCCGAUUACCCUGCCUUCCAUGAUGCUGACAAGGAGAAGAGGUACAAUGCCGUGCCGGAUCUUGACGCUCCAUCGCUUCAGGGACAGGACCACUUGUUGAAACCGCGGCCGUGCUCCUUCGAUCCAUUUGAAGCAGCGUGGAAGGCCGAAGAGGCGGCCAAUCUUCACGCUGGAGGGCACAGCAACUUCUUCUCGCCUGCAAGUGUCUACUAAGUCCGAUGUUGAAAUUGUUUUCAAAGUGUAUACGAGGAUACUCACUGGCUGAUGUAAUAGUUCGUCCAUGUACGAUCGCCACGGAUGUACCUCUGAGCAAUUUGCUCCACUUGUUCAUGCAAGCUAGUAAAACUGUUGUUGUUC